AUGGGCGAACGAGGCCCAGAAGAAUCCGAUAUCCAGCCUUACAGCAUCGCAGUGGACGAAGAUCGUCUACAGCGCCUACACCGGAAGCUGAAGCUCACCGACCUGCCGACUGAACUGCAAUCCGACACUGCAUCCGAAUGGUCGCGAGGGCCACCAGCAGCAGCUAUCCAUGAACUGGCCCAAUACUGGAUCCACGACUUCGACUGGCGAAAGGCGGAAGCCAAGCUCAACGACAGCUUGCCGCAGUACAUGACAUCCAUCUCUGUCGAUGACCAUGGCGAUUACGAUGUACACUUUGUUCAUCAAAAGAGUCAGAAUGUGGACGCGAUACCGGUUCUCUUCCUGCACGGGUGGCCAGGGAGCUUCUACGAGGCGGCGAAAAUUCUGAAGCCAUUGACUGACGGUGUGAACGGGGAGCCUUCAUUCCAUGUGGUUGCGCCAUCUUUGAUCGACCAUGGCUUCUCUGGUGGCAGUCGGACAGCAGACUUCCACAUCGAUCAACACACCGAACUUGUGCAUAAGCUCAUGCUGAAGCUGGGCUACGACCACUAUGUCGCCCAAGGCGGCGACACAGGCUACCUCAUCUGCCGCCUCCUGGCCCGCCACUACCCCACCCACUGCCUCGCCCACCACAUCAACAUGUCCGUCCCCAACGAACCCUCCCGCACCAACCACCCCGACAUCUACCAAAAAUGGGUCACCGCUGGGGGCUUCGAAGGCCUCUCCGACAGCGAGAAGCUGCAACUCUCCAACACGCAGAACUUCCUCAAAGAAGGCAGCGCCUACUUCGCCAUCCACAGCACUCGACCAAUGGCGUCGGCGUACAGUAUGACGGACAGCCCCGUCGGACUCCUGGCGUGGAUCUACGAUAAGCUGCACGUCUGGACCGACGACUACAAAUGGACGUCCGAUGAGAUAUUGACAUGGGUCAGUAUCUACUACUUCAGCACCGCUGGGCCGGCGGCGUCGUUCAACACGUACUACUCCAACCACCAUCGCCGGCCGUUGACGGCUUUCGAGCAGGCGGUGGAGUAUAUCGAUGUGCCGGUGGGGGUGUCACGGUUCGAUAAAGAGAUCUUGCAUAUGCCGAAGUUGUGGGAUCUGACGCUGGGGCCGAUUGUGUUUCAGGCGGAGCAUUUCGAGGGAGGGCAUUUCGCGGCCGUGGAAAAGCCGGAGUUGCUGGUGGGGGAUUUGAGGAAGAUGUUUGGGAGGGGGUUGGUGGAGAAGUUGUUCCCGAGGCGGGGGUAG